CGACGUUUGCUGGGACGGCGCUUGAAUUAACCUUCUCCCCUUUCCUCAGAACGUAACGACGUAAAUUUCGCGCACAAUUCGCGAAACGCGACGUUUGCUGUAUGCAUACGAUAACAACGGUAAUGCGCGAAUCACAAGAUGUCACUCGAUGAUCCGGCUGUCAACUGCGGCGCUGUUCGAUUGCACACGGUCGGAGAAAGAAAUGGAACAAGAUCUUCCGUCGGUUGCGUGUGACUUCGCGACAAAAAUCGUCGUACCUUCAACGCGCAUGUGAAUCUAUCGGUAAACCCAGGAUGCUGGAGAUCAUCGCGUUGUGCAGCUGCGCCUGCCUCGCGUGUCUCUGGUGCGUUCUCGCCUUCGAAGUAGCGCGAGAUAAAUACUGCGACAGUUGGACGAUGCUCGACAAGCUUUGCGGGCGGCGGUGUGCGAAGUGCAGGAGCGUUUGUCGCAAACGCGCCGCAAGACAGACCCGAGCUUUACAAGAGCGUUGCAAGAGUUUUCACUCGCAUCUGCAGCCACCUUGCGACACUUCGCCACCGUACAAGCUUGUGUGUAAAAUGUGCCGUCGUGUGAAAGCAGAGUGCAUCUGCGCGAAACUCUUCUGCCACGGAAUGGCGAUAAACCGUUCUAUCAAAUACCAAUCUGCAGACUUAUCGUUUAGAUAAAUUCCGGAAGAAAAGAGCGAAAGAAAGAGAAAUGCGAACAUGGAACUCGUGACAAAUGGGCUACUAACGGUAUAACUAAUGAUUAAAUAUGGCCAUAGUUAUGCAGGAAUAAUCCAACUGACAAAAUUCAGAUUUUCGGAUUUUUAUUGUCAAUGAGCAGUCCGUACGUCUUUCCACAUGAAUCAAAGAUUCAAGUCUUA